UGAAUUGAUUCUAUCGUGGUUUUGUUAUCUAAUUUUCCGCUGAAUCGAUAUAUCGGAGAUUUUACUUACUGUACUUUAUUCUUCUCGUAGCGUAGAAUGCGUGUAGUGAAUAUUGUGUUCUUGGAUUAUUUUGUGAGAGUGCGAGUGAUCAGGAAGAAUGUUUAACGGCAAGCUGCUUUCAUUUUUGGAAUCUAUGCAAGAAUACAAUAUCUUUACGACAAAUCGUAAACUUCUGCUAGCGUAUGUGCUGAAAGAAGUGUUGCACGAAGUCGACAAAUUUUAAGUGGCGUUUCCAGUGCCGCAGGUGCGAAACAAUCUUAUGUGUUACAUGCUGUGCAAGCGAAACGGUUGAGAAAGAGAGAGAGAGAGAGAGAAAGAAAAAGGGAGCGGUGGAGAACGCCAGGGGAGGAACUCCUUUAGCCAGCUCGAAGAAACGGUCGAAAUGAGAAGGUGUGGCUUCGUCGUGUGGUUGGUCCUCGCCUGCCUCACCAGCGACGCAUUGCAACAGUACAGGGAAAAGAACAUCAGCGGCGCGGAGACAGACGCGGUACAGGCGAUCUUGGCCAGAUAUCUUCAGAGGCGUCUUCAGGGGUCGCAGCUGUCGACGCCGCCGCCGCCAGCUGUCCUCUUCAGUAGCAAUAACCAGGCCAGAAUGAGACAUGCUCAAAGGACUACCAGCAAUACGUUGCCGAGGAAUGUCAGCGAGAAAGAGAGGAGGGAACGCGUGGAGGAUUACGAGGAUUACGAGGACGACCUUGAGGGUUUCGAGGACAGUGAGAGGAGCAGGACCAGAUUCGAUCUCUUCGCCGACGACUGCCCAAACUGCGUGGACGAGCACAGCAGCAACCUGGCCGCAUCAAGAUGGACGAUGCCGCUGUUGAAGCUCGGCGAGAAAAGAUACUACCUGGGGAUCUUCUUCAAGGCCAACUGGUAUAGGGCGUCGCAGUAUUGUCGAUAUCACGGAAUGCAUCUGGCGAGUAUAGCGUCGCAGGAGGAAAACGACAGGCUGGAGAAACAUAUUAAGGACUUUGGCCUUGGACACGAGCAUUUUUGGACCUCUGGUACCGAUCAGGCUGAGGAAGGCACUUUCUUCUGGAUGGCAAACGGCAGGCCAAUCACGUUCGAAAAUUGGAACGUCGGCGAACCGAAUAAUUUCAGAUACGAGAACGGCGAAGAGGAGCACUGCCUGGAGCUGUGGAACAGGGAUGGUAAAGGGCUGAAGUGGAACGACAGCCCGUGCAGCUUCGAGACGUUCUUCGUGUGCGAGGUGCAGUGAUCGAUCGAUCGACCAACAGGAUUGACGAAAAACAGGAUCUGAAAGUCAUCGAUACACGGGAUUCGAUUCACGAUACAUCGACUUACCUAUCGAGUCAUCCUGCCAGCUAUUGCCUCGUCGACUUUGUUUUUCCUCCGGGACCUCGAAACAAAAUAGAAAAAGUGACUUUUUCUGUGUGUGCGCGUGCAUGUGUGUGUCUGUGUGUGUGUGUAAGUGCGUGUAUUCCACGUAGACGAGCGUUUUAAGCGUCUUGCGGAUCGAUGGAUCGCGGGCAAAUGGAUGCCGAACGUAAAGAAACAGAUGGCGAACACGAUGAUUAGGAUACAGAGAUGUUUUUGUGAAGCAAAUUUUUGUGGAAUGGCCUGAAGCCUGUGCUUGGAUUUUUAUCUGAAAAUGGCGGUUUCGUUACAACAAAUAUGCCUUAUUUCUGCUACUGUAAAAAGCACUAGUUCUACUUGUUCGUAGAAUAUUUUUAUAGUAAGUAGAAACGAUGAGAAUUUUCUUUACUGGUGGAUAAGAACUGACGAAAGAAUGGUUUACAAUGAUUAUUUUAGUGGCCUACUAACGUUCACGUUGUAUGAUACUAUUUGCUUAUUAAAUUUAGCAAUUACGAAGUAAGGACUCGUAAGUUUUAACGUGGAUGUUAGCGAUAAUAUAUUAGUCGUUUGUCGUUAACGCAAAGAAGCCUGUGUUUGGAUAAUGGAUACUUUUUUUCGAAAAUGGAUAAGCUGGAGCUUGUGUGCUACUUUUUCUUCGAUGAUAGAGACGUAGAAUUAUAGUUGCGUCGUUGACGAAAGCUCCAACAAAAAUGCGACCGUUGUUGGUAACCAGGCGGAAAGUCAGGGAAUUUUCAAAUUUUGCCAAUCGAUGGAAUCACGGUUGUUCGAAAAGAAUUUCGAAUUCCAUAGAUUUGCAAAAUUUCUGGUUUCUAAUCCUAAGAUAUUUCCUCUUUUUCUUUCGGUUUCAUUACCAAAAGCUUGUUGCUAACGUUGAAAAUGUCGAGAUAAGAAAUCAAAAGACUUUAAAGUGGGCGUGUCGAUUAACGACGACUUAACAGAAUAAUGUAAGCUUCUAUUUUCUAAUUAAUAUCUGAAUUAAAUAACGAAAGAAAUAAAGAAAUAAAUUCUACAUCGAUGGUCGAAAAUUAUUAGCGAUCGAUUUAAUGUAAGCGACGAGCAGAAUUCGCAAAAUCGGAAUUCUGCGCGAACUUCCAUGAUUUUAUUUUUCACGAGUUCAUUGGGCGUUGAAGUGGAAACCCCCGACGUCGGAAACGACGCUGUACAUGACAUCAUUUAGCGCUAUGCAAUAAAACCCAAGUUACAUUAUUAA